CGUCACUUCCGCUGUCACCCCUUCCGCUCUCAGGCAGGCCAGCAGCAGCGGCGGUGGCAGCGGCAGCACCUCGCUGGCCAACCUGCUGGGCAGCGCCACCCUGGCCGUGACGUCAGCCAACUGCAGCGAUGGCGGCAACCUCACCGUCAACGAGACCUGCCGCCGCCCUCUCCGUACGAGCCGUGGGCGCAGGUGGUCAUCGGCAUCAUCCUGGGUCUUCUCAUCGUCGGCACCAUCAUCGGUAACUCGCUGGUGUGCAUAUCCGUGGCCAUCGUGCGACGCCUGCGGACGCCGUCCAACUUGCUGAUCGUGUCGCUGGCAGUGGCCGACCUGCUGGUGGCCAUCCUGGUCAUGCCCAUCGGCGCUUCGGUGCAGAUCUACGGCUCGUGGCGCCUCAGCACGGUCGUCUGUGACAUGUGGACCACCACUGACGUGCUGCUGUGCACAGCCUCCAUCCUGAACCUCUGCGUCAUCAGUGUCGACCGCUACUUUGUCAUCACGCGCCCCUUCCAGUACGCCAUGAAGCGCACGCCCAAGCGAAUGGGGGUCAUGAUCGCCAUCGUGUGGGGGGCUUCGGCCGUCGUCUCCAUCCCCCCGAUCUUUGGCUGGAAGAGCCCUCAUCUUCCCUAUCAUUGCAUUAUCAGUUUGGAGAUCGGCUACCAGAUCUAUGCAACGCUUUGUGCCUUCUACCUGCCGCUGAUCAUCAUGAUCUUCGUGUACGUCAAGAUCUGGCUCGUGUCCUCCAAGAUCGCCAAGGCCGAGGCGCGCUCCAAAGUGGGCAGCUUCGACAAGUGCGUGGAGUUCCAGGUGGGCAGGCCGUCGCGUGACUCCGGUGACAGCCAGUAUCUUCCCAACGGCUCGUUGGUGAGCAAGAACCACCAGAACGGCGGCGACAACAACGACGACGCGUCCCUGGAGAUCCUCCCCAAGAGCUCCAGCGAGAGCGACCGGCUGAAGCGACGGCGCUUCACCAUCCGCUCGCUGAUUCCCGGACACGGGAGACUCUUGGGUUCAGGCUCCAGCUCCAAGGAGCGCAAGGCGACAAAGACUCUGGGUAUCAUCAUGGGGUGCUUCACCCUCUGCUGGCUGCCGUUCUUCAUCCUGGCGCUGUACAAGACUUUCUGCCGCUGCGAGGCGCCCACCUGGCUGGACAGCAUCCUGUGGUGGCUGGGCUAUGCCAACAGCUUCCUCAACCCCGUGAUUUACGCUCGCUUCAACCGCGAGUUCAGGGGACCGUUCAAGGAGAUCCUCUGCUGGCGAUGCAAGGGCAUCAACACGCGCAUGCGCUCCGAGAGCUACGUGGAACAGUAUGGCGCGGGCCCCUUGUCACGUGACGCCCACUACCGGGACAGUUUGCGGCCACCCAUGGACUGCAUCGUCAGGUACAAUAGCCAGGGCCAAACUGUGGUUCAGAUUGGAAAUGGCUCAGCCAACUCCCAGUCCGAGACUAGAAUAUGAUGCUCUCUUUGAGUUGAUGUUGGUUAUCUCCCUUUACCCUGUUUCCACACUUCCCAGCCCUGGAUUUCAUUUCAGGAGCGACAUCACACCUUAACCCCUCCCCCACCUUCCCAUGUCUUCAGUUUGGAACCUAAUUUUAAAUUUCAUUUCCAAGUCCUUUCCCUGAAGUCCAAGUUGUGAUGAUUUAUAUCAGGUUAUUUCCUGUGUUAGUGGAUGUUGUUUUGUUGUAAGUGUGUGCUUUCUUGAGUUAAAAACGUGUUUCAAAGUGAUUACCACUGGAUACAUCUUGCCAGACAGAAAUUACUGAACUAUGGAUGUAGACAUGCAAAACUUAAACAGCUUUUAACACGAAACGUUGGGAUAGCUGCUCAGUAUGACGCUCUGUGGCAAAUGUAGCUCCGUGUGUACGAGUGUGUGUGUACCUGUUGAUCCAUACAAACACCUGCAAGCACUCGCGAGACUUCACGAGACGAUGAGUAGUUCUAUUUUUAUCUGCUGAGAGCAUACUGUUUGUGUGUUUACAUGUUUACAGACAUCUGUUCACUGUCAUGUCAAACUGGACCUUAACUUACUAGACACACUUAGAGCAAUACAACCGACAAAAAAAUCUUUUGUCCCAAGAAUCUCACUAAUCUCGACUUUAGUAUCAUUUAUCUUUAAAGGUUUACUAGAUGUUGGCAGUAUUAGGUUUAUGCCGUAAACAAAGUUGAAUGUGAUUUGUGAGCGAGGGUAGAAAGGGUACACGAGAAAAAGAACAACAAAAAUAAGGCACUAUAACUAUUUUUUCUGCGCAUGCAGUGAGUUAGUAUUUUCCAAAUUUCGCCGAGGGUGGCGUGAGAAGAUUGUUAAAUACUGAACUAGUUACUGGGGAAUGUUACCGACCACGCGCAUGUUAACAUAUGCACGCAUGCGCAAAGACAUGCAGUUAGUAAGAACGUGGUUUCUAGUGCACGCAUGCGCAUAAAUACAAACUUCCGGAUAGUGUUUAGGCUUUUUCUUGGCCGGCUUCUCCUCCAAUUUCAGAUGGAAUCGCAGACCGUUAAGUGAUGGGGUGCAGGUUACACUUGGAGUCUAAAACAGGAAGUGACGUUAAUAACCCACAGACUGCAGUCCUGCGCCUGCACUAAGCCCAGGAGACAAGUUCAGUCCAUUUCUAUUCACCAUUGUGAGCUUCAGAUGUUGGCCAAGCCCGGACAGGGUAACCUGCAGGCUUUGAUGCUGUGUACAACUACUCCCAGCAGACGGGACCUGCGAGUGAAGAGCUGUGGACCAGCGGUCACGUGGACAGUCAGCCAUGCCACAUGUUGGACCUAAACAUGUUCACUGACCCAACACCCGUGUCACACGUGACUGCGAGAAAGAACAGGCCAAACAGUUGAGGCGCUAGGGAGCCGUUACUCAUCAGUUGCGAUGAUGUCCAUUAGGAUGGCGGAGCCACUUUCCACCUCCGUGCGCUUUGCCAACAUCAUGGCGCCCGCGGCGGACGACCAAACGUGGGCUUGUUUAUUGUCUCCCCUCUUCAGGGAGGGAAGCAGGGAGCUUGGUGCACAGACAUUGACUCCGACCAGUCAAACCUGGGUGUAAUGUAGACCCUGGCCAGGUCCCUCCCAUCUUACAGCUGGGUGAUGGAGGGGGUGCGAGGACGGGUAGGGGCCAUCUAUCUGUACAUGUUACUUUGCGCCAACAUGUCGAUGCUCGGUCAUGCCUCUCACUAAUCUAUCAACGUGUCUUGAAUGCACCGAGAAGGAAAGGCUAUUUUUUCUCCUGCUUUUUCUGGCAUUGAAUAAAAGUGUCAGUACGCACUGGAAAAUAUUCCCAGAGAUCAUCGCGACGCCAUACUCGUGACAAGCACAUCUCUCUCGAAGGUGAUGAGGCAGAGAAGAUUUAGAGAUAUCGUAAUUUGCAUCAUCCUCGGCGAUCUGUCUUCCUCCCCCACACCCAACUCCCCCUUCCCCACACCUCCACCUCCAUUUCGUAAGGUAGAGGAAGAGUAGUCGUUCCUUCAAACAGUGUUUUCCUUCAUUCGUCCUUUAAAUCGUCCGAUAUUUGCAGUACGUAUCUCAUAGACAUGAGUCUGUAACUGUAGCUCGCUGUUAGCCACAAAGUCUUUGAUUUUUCGUUCCUUCCCACCCAGCACUGCUCGCCUCAAUCAAAUAUCGAUAGCUUUUGAGAUGUCUGAAAAUAAAGUUUUGCUAUCUCUAAGCCUGACAAUGAGCAACAGUCAGGUUUUAUCUCUUUGUACUGGGAGAUUCCCAAUAACCACAAUGAUAGCUUUUCUCCUUUCUGAUAUCUUUUCCUGCUUUUUGUGAUUAUGUCAGAAAGCCCUCUAGUGAGUGGAUUUCUCAGACCUCCAAUUGACAAAGUUGUGUUGUCAUUGUGACAGUGUGUGCGUGGGGCCGAGUUAAUUGUGCUUAAAGGAUAUAUAAGAUAGCGAAUAUAGUAGCUAGGAUCGUUAGUAUGCUCGAAAUUCAGCAUCAGCUCAGUUUACUAAACCUGCCACAAGCUUCACCUCAGUAACAAUAAGUUCCCAUGAGUGUAGCUUCAUAACCGCCACACGAUAAUUGCAAAUAAUGAAGUGGUUUAUGUUCAGGAAUGUCAGACUAUUCUGUCAGAUGAGAGGAGUAUUUUCCAGAAGUUCAAGACCUUUCUUGUUUGCCUUGUUUAUUAACAAUAAAGUUCACAGACGGGUCUUUUGUGGAGGACAUGAUGUGAGUGAACUUACCGACUGAAACUUAUUAUUGAUGCACAAACCAGGGUUUGGGUUGUUGGGUUGUGCCGCCCUGCCCGUGGUCCCCAACACUGGACGAUAUGUCAUGACCUUUGACCUGCAGUCCUUGUGGAAGCUAGUCAUGAAUAUCUUUCUUUCCCACCUUCGGCGAUGAGAGAUUAUUCUUUGACACAGACGUCAACCACAACAUUCUGCGAUAAACAAUAUUAUUCGUUGACAUUUCAAGUUUUCAGAGACAGAGAACUAGCGCCCAACCAUUGUGAUAAGAUUGUUCUGUCAAAAACUGAAGAGUUGAGAGUUGAGAGUCAGAUUCAUUUGCUUAUUACAAUAAAAAGACGAAAUCCAUGACCGGAGUGGAUUGUUUUGUGUCCUGUCGACUACACGAGCUCGAGUCGCUCCAUCAUCGGUGGAUGUUUUGGCGAGUCACCUUCUCGUCCUUCUUUACUUCUGCUUGUCAAUGGAUCAACUGCUGACUAGUCCGUGACCUCUGUGACCCUUGUAUGAUGACUCCUGUAGCUAGCGACCUCCUCUUGCAUGAUGUACUCCAAGAUAGUCUCAUGGUGUACUCCGAGAUAUCAUGGUGUACUCCGAGAGUUAGUCUUUGUGUCGUCACGGUGUCGCCAUACUAAUGGUCGCUAGAUGGCGUCUCGUCCUCACCACACACACAAACACACAAACACACAAACACACAAACACACAAACACACCGACCUGUGAUUCCAUAUCAGUCUAUACUCUGUGUAAUUACUGUAACCUUUUUGAGGGCGUUUGUGUACUUGUGAUAUCGUUACAACCAGGUCAGUAUAACUAACAUAUUUGCUGUUGUAUCAAUACAUUUGCAAUAUAAUAUUGGAUUAACAAAGUGUAAAGUCCAUUCCCACCUCAUAACUUAACCCAGUGUCCAUGACCUUUCUUUGUACUAGACUGUACUAGCUAACAUUUUAGAAUGCAUAUGCGUCUGUGUGUGUGUGUGUGUUUGUAUGUGCAUGUGCAUAUAUUGUGUGCAUCUGUGUGUGUGUUUGUGUUUGUGUUAUGCAUGCGUGUGUGCGGCCUUAGUACAGAUUACCGCGUGUAGAAAGAAGUGUCGCGGGAGGUCAAGAUAAUGUUGCACAAUGAUGUGAAUGACUUGUACGACAGUGUUACAUGUGUUACACUCAUUAUGUCUGUGAUCCUUUAAACAUUUACUUUUGGUUCAACGAAAUCCGGUCUGACAAGCAGAAACGCUGAAGUCUUUCAACUUAGUGCAGUGGGUGCAGUCAGUGGACCUUCUGGUCCUUGCAGACCAGCAUCCCUGUCUGUACUGUCCACCCACACUGCUACCCUCCCUGCUCACCCGCGUUGUCUGUUGGCCGACAUUCGCGGCCAGACUGUACUUUCUGUACCUCCACAUUCUGUCCAUUCUAGUUUAAUAUAUUAUAAUAUAAGACUCGACAGUCGCUUGGUUUCCCCGCAUUUUGUUCUCCUCUCUUUGCUUACAGACUCAGAUAAAGUGAUCAGGAAACAAACUCCAAAUGUUUAUGUAUUUUUACAGAGUUUAUGUGCUUUCAAAUGUUAUGGUUAAAGCCUUUUUCCCAAGUUAUUGUACAGCUUUCAUGACAAUACUGUUAUGUGCCACAGUCAAGCAUGAGGUAUAUAGACGGGUUCUGUGGAAAUAUUCAUUAACAAAAGAUAAAAUGUUCUGUUUUUCAUUUUUAGAGUGUACACAAACAAACUAUGAACUGAAGCAAACCCGUGCACACAAGCAGACACACCAAUGUCAGGUGUUAGUACACAAACAUAAACAUCAACAUUUUUAGGGGAGAGGAGGAAUGUUUUAAAUAAAUGAUGAAAUUGACCGUGGUUGUUGAUUGUUGCUAGGUUUGUAAGCCUGACAAUAACAGUGGCAAAGGCGGCUAAAGUAAAGCACAUUGUGAUCUGAGGACAGUUUCUAGUGUUUGUGAUGUGUCACGUGACAUGUGAAUAGUAAAGCAUAAUACAUAAUAGUUCUGACAUCUGCUGCGUUGUUUGACCUCGCUAAACUAAACUUGCUAUGGACCUCGAUGUUAUGAAUGAAAAGUUAAAUAAAUGUUGUUGCACUCGCUCAUGCUUGCUUAAA